CGGCGGUCCAGCGCGGCUCCUGGGCCUCGCAGCCCUCCUCCGCCCGCGUCCGGGCUGGUCCCGGUCCAGGUCUGCCCGGAGCUUUCUUCGCUGGCCUGCUCGGUGGCGGGUGCUUUCCAGCUGCAGGUGGCGGUCAUGAGUAUUUGACCUUACUCAAAAUGUGCAAGGAAGAAUAAUGGAAGCCCCUGAAUACCUGGAUUUGGAUGAAAUUGACUUUAGUGACGACAUAUCUUAUUCAGUCACCUCUCUCAAGACCAUCCCAGAGCUGUGCCGAAGAUGUGAUUCACAAAACGAAGACCGGUCAGUUUCUAACUCUAGCUGGAAUUGUGGUGUCUCAACUCUCAUUACAAACCCACAAAAGCCGACAGGAAUUGCCGACGUAUACAGUAAGUUCCGUCCAGUGAAGCGGGUUUCUCCCCUAAAACACCAGCCAGAGACUCUGGAAAACAAUGAAAAUGAUGACCAAAAGAGUCACGCAGUGGAGUACCAGAAAGGCAUUGAGUCUGACCAGGGACCCCAGCACGAGGAGCUGGGCCCCGCAGAUGGAGUGGGAGGCUUGCCGGGGAAGGGCUCUGAGCCCAGCCCGGAGCUGGGCGAGCUGGAACAUUAUGACCUCGACAUGGAUGAGAUUCUCGACGUGCCUUACAUUAAAUCCAGUCAGCAGCUGGCCUCUCUUUCCAAGGUGACUACAGAAAAGAGAAUUUUGGGUUUAUGCACAACCAUCAAUGGCCUUUCUGGCAAAGUCUGCUCUCCUGGAAGCACUGAGAACGCCCCGUCCAACAUGACGCCCUUCUGCGUUCUGUCUCCUGUGAAAAGCCCUCACGUGCGGAGAGCCGCGGCCGCCCUCCGUGAGCAGCACAAGCUCGCCCCGGACGACUCCGAGAGCUUCUCCCCUCUGCUCCAAUGCGGCUCUGCCUAUGAGCCCGAGAGCCCUGGUAAAGACUUCCUAAAGAAGGCGUUCAGUGAGCCACACAGUCCAAAACUCGAGAAAACCCUGUCUGGCUGCCAGCUCAGGGCCUUCCACCUGCAGCCCCCAGCAACAGAGCCCAGACCAGAGGAGCAGGUGAAGGGCCUGGCCUGGACCACCUCCCAUGGCCCAGAGGAAAGGAGCGAAUACCUGAAAAAAGCAAGAAGCAUGUUGAACAUUGUGAAAGAAGGACAGAUUUCUCUCCUGCCACACCUAGCUGCCGACAACCUGGACAAAAUUCAUGAUGAAAACGGGAACAAUCUGUUGCACGUUGCCGCAUCGCAGGGACACGCAGCCUGUCUGCAGCACCUCACUUCUCUGAUGGGAGAAGACUGCCUCAGUGAGCGGAACGCGGAGAAGCUCACUCCAGCAGGCCUGGCCAUCAAGAAUGGACAGCUGGAGUGUGUACGCUGGAUGGUGAGUGAAACGGAAGCCAUUGCAGAACUGAGUUGUUCUAAGGACUUCCCAAGCCUGAUUCAUUACGCAGGCUGCUAUGGCCAGGAAAAGAUUCUCCUCUGGCUUCUUCAGUUCAUGCAAGAACAAGGCAUCUCCCUGGACGAGGUGGACCAGGACGGCAACAGCGCUGUUCACGUGGCCUCACAGCAUGGCUACCUUGGAUGCAUACAGACCCUGGUGGAGUACGGAGCGAAUGUCACCACGCAGAACCACGCCGGAGAAAAGCCCUCCCAGAGCGCUGAGCGGCGCGGGCACACGCUGUGCUCCCGGUACCUGGUGGUGGUGGAGACCUGCAUGUCGCUGGCCUCCCAGGUGGUGAAGCUAACCAGGCAGCUGAAGGAACAGACAGUGGAGCGCGUCACACUGCAGAAUCAACUCCAGCAACUUCUAGAGGCUCAGAAAUCAGAGGGCAAGUCACUCCCUUCUUCACCCAGUUCACCCUCCUCACCAGCUUCCAGGAAGUCCCAAUGGAAAAUUCCAGAUGCAGAUGAUGAGACCACAGCCAAAAGCAAGCCAGUGGUCCAAGAGGGGAUCCAGAUUCUCCGAAGCCUGUCAGCACCGGGCCGGGCAAGGGCCAAAGCAAAGGAUGAGGAUUCUGAUAAAAUCCUACGCCAGCUACUGGGAAAAGAAAUCUCUGAGAAUGUCUGCACCCAGGAAAAGCUGUCCCUGGAAUUUCAGGAUGCUCAGGCAUGCUCUAGAAAUUUGAAGAAAGUCCCUCUGGAGAAGCGGGAGCUGAAGCUGGCCAGGCUGCGGCAGCUGAUGCAGAGGUCGCUGAGCGAGUCGGACACCGACUCCACCACCUCCGAGGACUCCAAGAACACGCCGGUGAGGAGGGCGGACAGGCCCCGGCCGCAGCCCAUCGUGGAGAGCGCGGAGAGCGGGGACGGCGCCGAGAGCUUGCACCUGAUGAUCAAGAAGCACUCCCUGGCCUCGGGGCGCAGGUUUCCUCCCUUCAGUGCCAAAGCCUCCAAAUCCUUGGGUGAGCACAGCCCGUCUCCAACCUCGGAGAGUAGCGAGCCGGACUUGGAUGCCCAGGGCCCAGGCUCGGGGGGCACUCCUCCAAGCCAGCCCGCUGCAGACCCCAAUCCGGACGGCACUGCUGCCCAGAAAGUGGCCACCAGUCCCAAGAGCGCCCUCAAGUCUCCAUCAUCCAAGCGCCGGACGUCUCAGAACUCCAAACUCAGAGUCACCUUUGAGGAACCCGUGGUGCAGAUGGAGCAAACGAGCCUCGAGCUAGGCGGGGACAAGGACAAGGACAGGAACAAGAGCCUGCCGCGGAGCUCGGCGGCCAGUGAGCCCGUGGAGCCGCUGAAAAAGCCUUUUGGAACUUUUCGCUCCAUCAUGGAGACCCUGAGUGGUAACCAGAACAAUAGUAACAACUGCCAAGCCGCCCACCAGCUGAGGACCUCCACCCUGCCCUUGACCUCGCUUGGACGGAAGAUGCCAGACGCCAAGGGGAACCCCAUGAGCUCUGCCAGCAAAGGAAAGAACAAGGCGGACACGUACAGCAGCUGCACCAGUCUUUCCUCUAACCCGCUGGUCGAGGAGCUUCUGCGUAACCCCGCACGGCAUAACGACAUCAGUAGAAGGACAAAGAAAUCCGACAGCACAAAGCACGUUGCUGAGCCAGAGUCGAAAGAACUCUUCUUGUAAGUCUCUUGGGGAUUGUCCUCGCUGAUGCCCUUUGGACGCCCUUGGAAGUGACUGGACUGUCCCUGUGGGCACAGCGCCACAAACGUGGUGCCUCACCAGCAAAAGACUGAUCAGGAUGCCUUAACUUUAAAAGACAAGACUCUAGGAGACACAUUUUGGGUGAUAAUUGUAUAUAUUACUUGAUUUUUAAAAAUAUGCAGUUUGGAAGCAUGAUUGGGCAAAUGUCUGUUUUUAGCGUGGGGUUGAUGAUUCGUCCUUUUUUCAGUACUCUGGCCAAGCCUCUGACCCCACGGGUAUUUUGACGGUUGCAUGAGUGUUUGCUAGUGUUAAUUGAACUGUCCUGUCCCCACAACAUGGGCAGCAUUGGCUCAGCUCUUCAGCGAGACCAGGUCAACAGUAUUAUUCUCGGUCAAGAGAGUUUUUUUUGUUUUUUUUU